AAUAAUUAAUGCAGUAAAUGCCAAAAACGUGUGGAGAGUGUGAAAAUGGAAAUGAAUGUAUUAAUUGUAAAAGCGAUUAUGGAUUAUAUUAAAAAAGUUGUUUGAAAGAAUGCCCAAAAGGGUAUGAGAAUGAAAAUGGAAUUUGUGUAGACUGUGAAGAUUAUAAGUGUAAAAGAUGUUCGACGGAAAGUAAUACUAAACAACCUU